AUGGCCAACUUUCAGCCUUGGUUUGGCCUAUUUACAGGAGUGCUCACAAACCCACUGAGGACAACCAAUAAUAGGACAGAAAAUUGAGGACCAGAUAAAGUAUCAUCAUUAGAAGCUUUUAAUUAGGUAACAGAGAAAAAGUCGAGGGUCCCAGAGGAGGCAGCCACACAUAAUUGCUGUACUUCUUGAAGUCAUGAAUCUAUUUAAAGCUGCAUCUCCUGAAUGGGAGUGCACCAGCUCCUCCCACCACUGCCUCCUGACAUUGAAUUCCCUCUCAGGCCCUUGUCUUAGACAGGUCCACCAUGCCUGUGUUGUGGCUGUAUAGUGGCAGGCAGUCCAUUGACCCAUAUCUGCUUUUAGAGGCACACUGACCCACAAUAGUGAAGAGAGGAGUCCCCUGAAAUCCUGGAGGGCCAUCCCACAGACUCUCACCAAAUAGUAACAUUACAUAACUGAACACAACAGAAAACAUAUAGUUCAUGCAGCUUAUCCUGCAAAUGUGCACAGAGACACAGAGUGAGACUCAAGUAGUCACAAUCAAAUUCAAAAGCCAUGAAAUGAUCCCGACUGGCUGAUGAUAAGCAGCGUUCAAGUUUGCAUUUUAAACUUUUUAAACCAUUUGAAACUUUUCAUUUUCAAACAGAAAGCAAUUGCACAAAAUAAGGAAGCAAAAAAAAUGGUUGAAAACCUGCUCUUCAUAGUGGAAAUGAUCUAGUUGACCUAAUUUCCUUCUGAUUUGGCCCAUUUUGACAUGUUCUUUUACACUGACUGGAACCUGGAAAUGAUUUCCAUUUGUGGAACUUUCCAUCAUUUUUUUCACAGUUUAAAGCGCUGCGGAAAAGCCACUGAGUGCACGAAUUGCUCGGAGACUCAAACACCCCUGAGAAUUUGAGGGUGAAGAUCAAAUUAUCAGGAGAUUUCAAACCGUCCUCAGGGCACAUUUUUACUAAUUAGAGUAAAAAUAGCACACCACGGGGUGUGGUUAAACGCCUCAUUUAGGCCCUUAUUGGACAGAAGGUUCUGACUUAAUACAUGAUUUUGUGUUUUGCAAGCAACCUCCACAUGUGGGAAGCAUUAUUAAAAACAAUUUGCACGUAAAAGAUAAAGUAAACCAGUUAAAACGCCACGUUUCUAAGCAUUGCUGAGUCAAAGUGAGUGUGGCCAUGUGAAAAAUUCUAUAUCAAUGUGAUAAAAAUGGAGCUAAAUGAAUUAAAAAAAUCACUAUAUUUAAAUAGAACAAUGAAUCAUCACAUUUUUUUACUCAUGUGGGGCAAAGGUGGGCGUACACGCUCCGCCCAGGGGUGUUGGCUUGUGAGGUGUGACACACUUGAGCUGGAUACAAACUAAAGCUGGCAGGGAGGCUCCAUCAGUGUUCAUUGCGUCAGUAGAUGAGACCCAUCUUAAUUUCAGGCUGCUCAGAUAAUCAGUCACUCAGGAUGACGCAUCAGUUCCCAACGAUCUCCGAGGCUCAGAAGAGGGAGCUGCAUGAGACCGCUUUACGCAUAGUUUCUCCAGGGAAGGGCAUCCUGGCUGCAGAUGAGUCUGUAGGCAGUAUGGCUAAGCGGCUGGCUCAAGUUGGAGUGGAGAACACGGAGGAGAACCGCAGGCAGUAUCGCCAGAUCCUCUUCAGUGCGGACGAUCGCAUCAACAGCUGCAUCGGAGGGGUCAUCUUCUUCCACGAGACCCUGUACCAACACUCUGACAAUGGCGUUCCCUUUGUCAAAAUGAUCAGGGACAGGGGAAUCCUGGUUGGAGUCAAGGUUGACAAAGGUGUUGUUCCCCUGGCAGGAACUUGUGGAGAAACCACCACACAGGGUCUGGAUGGAUUGUCUGAGCGUUGUGCGCAGUAUAAAAAGGACGGCGCUGUCUUCGCAAAGUGGCGCUGUGUGCUCAAAAUUAGUGACGUCAAUCCAUCAAAGCUGGCUAUCACAGAAAAUGCGAAUGUUCUUGCACGUUACUCUAGUAUCUGCCAGCAGCAUGGCAUCGUGCCCGUCAUAGAGCCAGAGAUUUUGCCUGAUGGUGAUCAUGACCUGAAGCGCUGCCAGUAUGUCACUGAGAAGGUCCUGGCUGCAGUGUACAAGGCCAUGUCAGACCAUCACGUGUACCUCGAAGGCACUCUGCUCAAACCCAACAUGGUCACUCCUGGACACAGCUGCUCCACCAAGUACAGCCCAGAGGAGGUUGCAAUGGCAACCCUCACUGCUCUGCGCCGCACAGUUCCCCCAGCUGUGACAGGAAUUGCUUUUCUGUCAGGAGGUCAGAGUGAAGAGGAGGCCUCUAUCCACCUUAAUGCCAUCAACAACUGCCCUCUGCCCAAACCCUGGGUCCUGACGUUCUCCUUCGGACGAGCCCUGCAGGCGUCUGCACUCAGAGCCUGGAGAGGACAUAAAGAGAACGAGAAAGCCGCCACUGAACAGUUCAUCAAGAGAGCAGAGGUGAACAGUCUGGCAUGUCAGGGAAAGUACACUGGUGGAGAUAACUAUGGAGAGGAUGGCCAGCGCAUUUACGGUUCCUGCCAUGCAUAUUGAAGAGUAUAAAAAGAACAUUUUAACUAGCAGUGUGUUCUUCCACACCAUAACAAGAUAUAUUACAGAGGAGCUGUACUGCAUAUUCUUAGGUUAUUUCAGAAUAUUGGCCUACAUAAUGAUAUUAAAUGAAAUAUCUUGCCUUGACAAAUGAGAACAAUCAGAACAUGGCCUUGGCUGUUUCUAACACAUGUGCUGAAUGAAAGGCUUAUGCUUUACUUGUGUUGUGGCAGUACUUUGACUAGAGCUUUAAAUCCUGCAGUUAAUGUUGCAAUGUCGGCCUAUGUGUGCUUCAGAGUAAUGAUAUUAGUUCAACUCAAAACACAGUUAACUAAAUAGUUAAAGCAGCUGAAUCUAUGCGAUACAGCUCCUAAUCUAUUAUUCAGAAGUUGUUAUGUGAAGCUUCUGUGCUUGUGUGACAGAGAAAGUGGAUUUGUGUAGUUCAUUUUCUUUAUUUAGUUAGCAGUGAACAUGCACAAAUAGACAUAUUGUAAGAGAAUUAGCUUGAAGCUAAUUUGCAUCUACAGUCCCCAGGUAUGAAGUACAAUCAGCUCAAUAAGUAAUAUACAACACAUGCUGAUGUGUUUUAUCAUUCUUAGUAGCAUUAUAUGUCUAAUAAACAUAUUUCAAAUGUAAGUAUUUAGGCAAUAAAACUGUGUUCUAGUAACGUCUGAUUGAGAUGUUUUGUUUUAUGAAGGUUAAACCCUGUAAUUUAAGGGUAUUCUAUAUGUUAUCUAAUGUGUCAAAUGUCCAGAAUUUGGCAUUUAUUUAAUUUAGCAGAAAAGGCAUCUGGCACGUGAUGCUGAAGCGCUUCUGUGAUAUUCUUUGUCAGUUACAGUUCAUUUCCACCAGUCUGUAGUUUGACAUAUGUGUAACUCUGAAUAGUUCAAAAUGUCACAUUCAAACAUUUAUGGACAUGUUUUUUCCAUUUCA